AUCCAGUACAGAUCAGGACCACAAUGGAUCUCUACCCUGACAUUAGACCCAUCCAUCAACCCAGUGGACAGGAGGUGCCAGCCGGUGUGUGGAACUGACAAUAAGACAUAUGACAUAUCCUGUCAGCUCUUUGCCACCAAAAUAGCCUUCAGGGCACCAAAAAGGGCCAGAGAAUUCACCUGGACUACACUGGAGACUGCAAAUGUUCAGAAGAUCUAUGAGAGUGAGAGGCGUCUUCAUGCAGGUGAUCACCCCAUUGAGCUUCUACUGCAGAACUUUGAGAAGAUUUACAACAUGUACAUCUAUCCAGUGCACUGGCAAUUUGCACAGAUGGACCAGCAUCCUUCAGACAGUUGCAGGAUGAGCUGGCGGAUUUGUCCGGAGUACCAUUGGUGUACCACGACUUGAGGGCAGUGUUCAGCCUAUCCUGUGUCACAACCCUCCCU